ACGACAUCCAAAACGAUCGGUUCGUUUAAGCCAACCGGGUUUUUAACGUGUAAUCUCUGCCACUCAGCGAUCAAUUCGCACGUCAUCGGCCAGACGUGUCGUUCGAUUGGCUAUUGCGAAAACCAGGAGUACGGGAGUAUCUAUAAUUCCAUAACAAAGACCUAAUCGAAAUGACGACGAUGGCGAAGAGCAGUCCCCGCCCACUAAAAAUAACAAUUGUGGGCGAUGGCAUGGUCGGUAAGACCUGCCUCCUGAUAACGUACACACAGAACGAGUUUCCACUGGAGUACAUACCCACCGUUUUCGACAAUCAUGCCUGCAACAUCUCCGUGGACGAUAGGGAAUACAAUCUUACCCUGUGGGACACGGCCGGGCAAGAGGACUACGAAAGGCUACGACCAUUAAGCUAUCCAAAUACAAACUGUUUCCUGUUGUGCUAUUCCAUCAGUAGUCGUACAUCAUUCGAGAAUAUCAAAAGCAAGUGGUGGCCGGAGAUUCGUCACUUCUCCAACAAUGUCCCGGUGGUCCUGGUGGGAACCAAACUAGAUCUUCGCAUCCCCAAUUCCGAAAAGUUCGUGACCACGCAGGAGGGCAAACGGUUGCGCAAGGAGAUCCACGCUUCCAGCCUGGUCGAGUGCUCCGCCAAGAAGAAAGAGAACCUCCAACAUGUCUUUGAGGAGGCGGUGCGCGCUGUGGACAGGAAACCAAAACCGUCGCCAUCGUGCACAUUACUGUGAACUAAGUGUAUCCCUAUUGUUUAAUAUUGUUAUUAUGCGUAAUGUAUUAUGUAACUAAUUCUUCAGACUCUUUGUACUUUGUUUUCGCAAAACAAACACAAUGUGUAAAAAUUUACGAUUAAGUUCUUAUGAUUUAAGUGCUCGUUGUGUGCAAUUAUUUUAACUUCCAUGCAACCAAAGUGCACAUCUAUGUAAAAAGAAGAAAACAAAACAAAUAUAAAAUGCAAAAAUA